AGCUCAGGCAGAUUAAUUUCUAAGCAGUAAACUCAAGGAAACGACAGUAAGCACAGAGCCACUAAUAACUUAUUGUAUGACAUGGAUCUGAUUCUAACAUCAUAUGUAAAGAAACUACCUGAUCCCAAUGCCGUCCAGCAUUCAAGAUACUGUCAAGAAGUGAAGAAUGAUCACAGAAAAGCAAAGAAAAACAAAGAGCCAGCCAUUUCUCAGAAGGUUACCAAGGUACCUAAAAAGGUUAAAGAGUGUACAAAAUGUGGAAAAAGAAAAGCAGACCACAGAAAACAUGCAUCAGAUCUUUGCCGAGGGAGGUCUCCAGACUUUGAUCCAUAUCAAACAACAUUCCAGCGUGAAUUUGUCUAUCGACCAGUUCCUUUGGUUGAAGGUAUCCGUCCGGCAUCAUCAAAUGGGUUUUCUUUCCCAUUUCAGCUCCAUGAGCCUAUUGGCGAUACUGUAUACACAAAUGAGUAUUCCUGGAAACAUGGAUUAAACCAAGAGCCCACACAAAGUGGAACGUUGCCAGGAAGCAAAAAAGAAACUAUUCCGCAGUGUCAAUGUUCUUUACUAUGGAAAUUACUCAUGAAGGAUCCAGAGGCCUUCGAUAGAGUAAAAGCAUACUUUGUGAAAUCAUUGUCUUGUGAAGAUAUGGCCAAGUUAAAUACAUGUCAAUAUGAUACAAUAUAUCGGCAAGAUUACCUUGGAAUCCAACAAGUGUGUCAAGUUUAUUUUACAGAGUGCAAGAUGAAGUGUCCCCCCUGUCUGCCCAAAAUACGCCGACCGGGUCAGCCAAAACCUCCUGUCACAGAUAACAAACGUCACUUUAGAAAACAAGAUCAAAAACCUGAGCUCGCUGUCUGCACCACUCGAUAUGGCAGCAAUAAACGCUGGAAUUGUGCAGCAAAAGGUGUAGUGCCCAAUCUGACUCAAGCACACAUCCAAAACCAAGAAUUUAGGAAGCAGUCAACUACAUAUGAGAGAGAAUAUGGAAACAAUAAUAUGGAUUUUGCUAAAAUAUUGAAGUCCCUUGAACCUAAAGCAAUCCAAAGCUAUCUAUCAUCACUUCCAAGUAAAGACCAAGAAGUGUUGCUCCAAUUUUUAGAUACUGUAGCUGCAAGGAGCGAGACAAACUGAAGAUGGUUUCUGAGUUUCUGAGCCAAUGCAGUGGCUGAAAGUGACCACCUCAGUUACCAAGCCUUCAAGAAAAUGAUCCCACAAAACAGGCACAACAGACUGAAUACUGAAAUAUCACAGUGAAGUUAUCCAAAGACCUGUUAUUUGUAAUUUAUUAAGAAUUUGAUUCUAUGACUUUUGAAAAUAAA